CCGGCUUUCGCAGCGUGCGCAUCUCGUGACCGGCAGUUUUUUUUUGCUCAGUGUAUCUUAGCCGAAAGUUUACCAACCGACCAAACAACCAACGAACGGUUAAAUCCGCACAUAGACCGCAUUUCGAUCCGAUUCGGUGAGACGAUGUCGUUGCUGCUGCUCCUUUUGGCCGUCAUCCUGCCGCAGCGGCAGCUUCUGCCCUUCGUAUCCGGAGGGUCCUGCCGGGAGGCGCAGCUCUGCUGCAACGGCCGCGACUCGUCCUGCGUCGUCCAGAAGGCUCCCAUCAAUGCCAUCAUCGAGGAUCUCAGCGACAAGCCCUGCUACUGUGACCACGCCUGCCUCAAGCUCGGCGAUUGCUGCGACGACUUCAAGGAUCACUGUGGAGUGCUGGACUGCCAGGUGGGCGAUUGGGGUGCCUGGAGUGAAUGCGACCGAAGUUGCGGCACGGGCAUGAUGACGCGGAACAGGCAGAUCCUGCAAGCGGCUCAAAAUGGUGGCAAGCACUGCCCCACGUUGCAACAAAAAAGGAGUUGCCAAGGAUACCGAUGCCAUGGACACCACGACAAGAAGAUAUUGCGAGAAAUGGCCCUUCUUCUGCCAGCUGCACUCACGCACAAUCAUCAUGUCAACGAGAGUGGAGAUUUGCGGCACAAUCUGCGCACGCGCUACCGCGACACCUACAAACACAACCAUGAUCAGGAAUACUGCGUGGAAUUCGAGGUAAUAAAAUCAUCUAAAGCCUGCAACAAGUUGCCGCCAUAUAACCUGAUGACAGAAGGCGAUCGCAUCACGGUGCGCUGUGACCUUGAGGCAUUGAUCCAAGACUCAGCCGGCAGCUCCACCACCGCCAGGACACCACAAGGACCCACUACGCCGUCCACGACCACAGUUUCAUCCGCAGCCUCUGCCUUUGGCCAGCGUACGGAUGACCUUGAGGAGGAGCGACUGCAGCGUGAGACCAGCAGCGAAGAGGAGGCGACCAAUCAGGAUGGCGAGGCGGAGGAGGAGGAUGAGGAGCCGGAGCAGGAUGAGCAGGAUGACCUGCAGAAUGCCCUGGACUCGGACAGCAACGAGAGUACCGACUACCGUCACCAGCGGCAGUCGCAGAUGUCGCAAAUGUCGCACAGCCGCCGGACAGCGGGAAAGCGCAGCGCUGUGCCGGCCACGCCCUCGCCCACGCUGCCGCCCACCUACCAUUGCCGGGGGGAGGGGCUGGCCGGACGCACGACACGUUGGAGCGCGCUGCCGGCGCCGUCGUGCCGCGGCAAAUGGCUCCGUCUGACCGUCGGUCCGCCCAAGAAGUGCGGCCACGCCCAGUUCAUCUUCGUCUAAGGCGACGUGGUCAUGCCGCCCACUCAAGUUGCGGUGUCCAUUUUUUUUUUUCUCCGUGUAGGUUAUGGUGUACGGUCUCCCCCACUCAUCAUAUCAUAUCAUAUCACCCGCGCCCCUGCCACGCCCCCUCACUUCCGGCCCAAAAUCAAUAAAGUACCCCAUCGUAUGUAAGCGUUUAAACAUUAAGCCAGUGGAUUAAGAAGAUCAUAGCAUAUGUAUGUAUAUGUAUGUGUGAUGAGGUCAGGAUUUUUUUUUUUGUUUGUCUCGCUAGAGAAGAGAACCGGAAAUAAAGGAUACACUGCCAGUGAAAUAUAGGGUAUAUAUGGAGGAAUAUCACAUAUUUCUGAAGUUUUCGAGGGGUUCUACAAUUUCGGACUACUAACUUCUGCUCUCUUAGAUACUUUAUAAAUUUAAAAAAAAACUUCCAAAGACUUAUGAUCUCCUCCACACACAUGAUAUUCAUCAUAUAACCAUAUUGAUAUCACGGCUGCUGUGGACUUCCUUCGGUUAGCAUUUCUCUAAUUAGUUAAGGAAACACUCGCGUGUAAGCAUUUGGGCUCAGGACCCAAUCAACAACUCAAUAUAAAUGCUGGGGGUCUGUGAAGACGCUCGGAUCUCGGAUCGGAUAAUACUAGAAACUAGAGACUAAGUCAUCAAAUACCGCAUAACAUCUACAGUGAAAAUGGAGUCGAGCUGCGUAGUGAAAGAACCUAUAUAUACAUGUAUGUGGAUGUGCACGAGUGUAUCUGUCUAAUCGUUAGUUCCCCCCGACUCGCAAGCAUAUAGCACACACACGUUCUACACAUAACAUAACAUAUAUGAUACAUUUGUCAAAAGCAAAUGAUUAAGGCCCACAAUUUUUGGUUACCCAACUGGCAGACAACCCUCUGGAGUCGGAAUUAACGUUUGGAUCUUAGUAUUAAUCUGGAUUUUAGGUACACACGAAUGUCGAAAUAAUUAUUAUAAUUAUAAUUAAACCAAUAAUGAGAUCAUUCAAUAAAGAACGAGUAUAAUUUUAAAGU